AUGUAUCUUAUAAAUGAUAAUGAAAGAAGACUUCCAAAUGGUGAAAAGGUAGAUUUUGGUAAUGGUGUUAGUAGUAACAACAACAAGAGCAAAUCCGGUUCCGGAAAAGGUUCAUCAAAGCAAAAAGAAAAUAGAAAAUUAACAGUUUCACCUUCUUUACCAAAUGGUGAAAAACCGAACUUUUAUAAUGAUAAUAAUAAACCAACCAAAGAAUCAUCAAAGAAAAAGAAAUCUCUACAACAGCAACAAUUAGAUCAAGAUGUGGCAUUAAAUGAACCUAGUUUACCUAAUGGAGGCAAACCAAAUUUUGGCAAAUCUUCCAAGAAAUCAUCAUCAACAGCAGUAACACUACCACUUGAUCAAUCAUUACCAAGUGGAGAGAGACCAAAUUUCUUUAAUGAAAAACCCAAAACAAGUUCUAAUAAAUCAAAAGAUAGAAAAGAAAUUAAGGAGAUUAAAAAAGUUGAAGAUACUUAUGCUGGUUCAUCAUUCCAUUCUUCACCAGCUGCAUUACAAUUACCAAAACCUUCAUUUAAAUCAUCUUCAUCUUCCUCAUCCUCAUCCAAGCACCAACAAUCAGUUACUUCAGAUGAAGAAGGAACUUCAUCAUUAUCAUCAGCGUCAUCAGUCGCAUCCUCCGAUUCACCAAUUAAUCCACCGGCUAUUCCAGCCGUAUCCGAUCAACAACGCCCCCAACAACCACAACCUCCAGCAUUGAAAUAUCCAGUCACUGCCUAUCCUCCAGGCAGUAUCCCGCCCCCACCUCAACAACAACAAUAUUAUCAAACCCCACAUUACCCAUAUCCUCCCCAACAUUUCGUUCAACCAGGGUUUGCAUAUCAGAUGUCACCUCAAGGAUAUAUUCAAUAUCCAUAUCCACAAAACCAACCAUUACAGAAUCCAUUAUAUUCAUAUUUCCAAGCUCAGCCGGGGAAGCCACUACAAUUGCAUCCUUCUCAACAACAACAACAGGUUCCACAACAACAGGUUCCACAACAGCAAAGUGGGCAGAAGAUUACUUUCAAUGAGUUGUUGAGUUCUUCUAAGAACUAG